GGACGGAGGAGAGAGACUCUCGCAGACCGAGCGAGGAGGAUACGGAGAGAAGAAGGAGGAGGAGGAGGAGGAGACCCGCGCGCGUUUCAUCCCAGACCCUGCUGCCUCCCCCCUUUAACAGAGCAGGAGUAUUGGGCAUGGUGCGUGGAGGAGAAAACCUCGGCGUGGAGCACCUUCCAGCAGCUCGUGCAGAAGCAGGCAGUCACACCGCGAGGCAGCGCGCGCGCACACUCCACGCAGCAGCAGCAGCUGCAGCAGCAGCAGCAGUGUGUCGACGCUCCGUGGGGCUGUGGCUUCUUCUUCUCUGGAUUCAUUUAUUCAAUCGGUGAUCCUCCUGCAGGUUUAUGAGCACUGCCAUGACAAGAGGAAGUAGGGCCGAUCCAUUCCAGGCUGAAGUGUUCUUGGAUUUGCUGAGUGUUGGAUCUAAAGGUGCAGAGAGUGAUGUCUGUUUGACAGGCUCAGUGCAAAGAGGCUAAACAGACACUAGAGUGUGCUUUUGUGUUGUGCAACGGCACCGUCUCAUCCGGACCAUGUGGCUGGCUACGUUCAGCAUCCAUCUGUUGCCUGCACACCUGCUACACCAGCGAGGGACUGCAACCAUCACUCACUGUGCUCUCCUCUGGUGGAUGUUAUGUUCCUGCUGCUCACUCACUAAAGCAACAAGCCAGAAAUUCUACCCAACUGUGACCACCCAGUUCGGGAAACUGCGAGGCCUCAGGGUCCCCGUCCCCAGCGAGGUCCUCAGACCCGUCGAUCAGUACCUCGGGGUCCCCUACGCCGCCCCGCCUGUGGGGGAAAAGCGCUUCAUGCCCCCCGAUCAGCCCUCCCCCUGGUCGGGAGUCAGGAACGCCACCCAGUUCAUGCCCGUGUGCCCCCAGAACAUCCACAACACGGUGCCAGAGAUCAUGAUGCCCAUUUGGUUCACGUAUAACCUGGACACGGUGGCCACAUACAUUCAGGAUCAGAGCGAGGACUGUUUGUAUCUGAACAUCUACUCUCCGACGGAAGAUGGGGGCCAAAACAAGAAAAAGGGGGCGCCUUUCUCACAUGCUGAGACUCAUAUAUCUGAAGAUAUAAGAGACUCUGAAGCCCGACCAGUGAUGGUUUACAUCCAUGGAGGCUCCUACAUGGAGGGCACCGGGAACAUGAUGGAUGGCAGCAUUCUGGCCAGCUACGGAAACGUUGUUGUCGUCACACUCAACUACAGAAUUGGGAUAUUAGGCUUCCUUAGCACCGGCGACCAGGCAGCAAAAGGAAACUACGGACUCCUGGAUCAGAUUCAGGCUCUYCGCUGGAUAAGUAAAAACAUCGGUUACUUUGGAGGAGACCCCGGGCGCAUCACGGUGUUUGGAUCUGGGAUCGGCGCUUCAUGUGUCAGUCUGCUAACACUGUCCCACCACUCAGAGGGCCUGUUCCACAGAGCCAUCAUCCAAAGUGGUUCAGCGCUGUCCAGCUGGGCCGUCAACUAUCAGCCAGUCAAGUACACUCGCAUGCUUGCUGAGAGGGUUGGCUGCAACGUGCUGGACACGGUGGACAUGGUGUCCUGCCUGCAGAAGAAGAGCGCUAAGGAGCUCGUGGAACAGGACAUCCAGGCCGCCCGCUACCGCGUGGCUUUCGGCCCCGUCAUCGACGGAGACGUCAUCCCAGAUGACCCCGAGAUCCUGAUGGAGCAGGGCGAGUUCCUCAACUACGACAUCAUGCUAGGGGUGAAUCAGGGCGAGGGGUUGCGCUUCGUGGAGAAUCUGAUGGACCUGGAGGACGGCGUGUCCGGCAACGACUUUGACUUCGCCGUGUCGGAUUUUGUGGACAGUUUGUAUGGCUACCCGGACGGGAAGGACACCCUCAGAGAGACGAUUAAAUUCAUGUACACGGACUGGGCUGACAAGGAUAACCCGGAGACCAGGAGGAAGACCCUGGUUGCGCUCUUCACUGACCACCAGUGGGUGGAGCCAUCGGUGGUAACAGCUGACCUGCACGCCCGCUAUGGCUCACCCACGUACUUCUACGCCUUCUAUCACCACUGCCAGAGCCUUAUGAAGCCCGUGUGGUCGGACUCGGCACAUGGCGAUGAGGUGCCCUACGUAUUUGGCAUCCCCAUGGUGGGCCCGACCGAUCUGUUCCCCUGUAACUUUUCCAGGAAUGACAUCAUGCUCAGUGCCGUGGUCAUGACAUAUUGGACCAACUUUGCAAAGAGUGGGGAUCCGAACAAGCCAGUGCCACAGGACACCAAGUUCAUCCACACUAAGGCCAACCGCUUUGAGGAGGUGGCCUGGUCCAAGUAUGACCCCUACGACCAGUUUUACCUGCACAUUGGCCUGAAGCCUCGUGUCCGGGACCACUACCGCGCCACCAAAGUGGCCUUCUGGAAACACCUGGUGCCCCACCUCUACAACCUUCAGGGAAUAUUCUACUACUCCUCCACCACCACCAAAGUCACUCCUCUGGAUCCCACCCAGUCCAACGGGAAGAGGUCCGGCGGCACCGGACGCCCUCCCGUCUCCACGUCUCACAGCGGGGGUGAAGGUGGGAGAGAAAUGGGUCCCCUGAUCAUGCCGAACCCCAGAGAUUACUCCACCGAGCUCAGCGUCACCAUCGCCGUCGGGGCGUCGCUGCUCUUCCUCAACGUCCUGGCCUUCGCAGCCCUGUACUACCGCAAGGACAAGCGCAGCCGCCAGGAAACGUCCCAGCAGCCGAGCCCCCAGCGCGAGAGCAAAGGCAACAACGCCAGCCACACCAACACCGUCGACGAGACCCUGUCGUCCCAGCAAAGGAGCCCGUGCGAGGCCCUCCACAACCCUCUCCACGCCUCCCCCAGCUACUCUCUGAGUCAGCGUCGCUCCCCCGACGACAUCCCGCUGAUGACCCCCAACAACAUCACCAUGAUCCCCAACUCCCUCAUGGGCCUGUCCAACAUGAGCCCGUACAGCACCUUCCCUGCCGGCUACAGCUCCGCAGGCCUGCCCAGCACCCACUCCACCACCCGAGUAUAGCCUGGCAGGAGGCGGAGACCAGAACYGAACACAAACAUUAACGUAUAGAGCUGUAUUUAGGAUGUGUACGUAAAAUAGAAGCCAAUGUUUGUUCUGUCAUUUCCAAGAGGUGUGCGACCACCAACAUCCUGCCUUCUCUCUCUCUCUCUCUCUCUCUCUCUCUCU